GUCGACGUUGACGGCUUCAUUAGCACGAAAGGGUUUAAAUGUCACGAUCUUGCCGACAUUGUUCUCCGAGCUGAUUAACGGAGCCUGUAAAAACAGCAUCUGGAUUAGCCGUGAGAGUUAGCCGUUAGCUUUACGUUUUCAUGACAGCGCAGGCGAUAAACAUAACCGCCGUAUUUAUUUUCUCUUCCGCGUAUUUUAUUUUGGAGUACUUGAUAACUAUCUGUUGCUGGAAAGCAGGCACAGUCCGUCAAAAGACACUUUGUACGUGCAGACAGAUGCUUUGUGCAUUCAGUGACACAAAGAGUUAUAAGUGCAUACAGGAGCUAAUUUUAGCGUGCUAGCUCAGUGUCUACAUGCUCAAGCAGAUAACGUUAAAUGAUUUAUUACAUUAUGAUAAGUAUGAUAAUAUAAAAAACACUCAAUGCUGAUGACUGAGGUAAACAUGCUUAGAGAUGUCUGAACAACGUGCCAGUUUUCAGUUUUAACCAGCGUCAACAGAGCAGAACAUCCCCCAGAUGUCAGUUGUCAAAGAUAAUCACGAGAAGACGUGGUGUAUGAAGAUGACACAGACGGUCCAGACGAAUGGGGUUCAACCCCUCAGCAAGACCUGGGAGCUCAGUCUAUAUGAAUUACAGAGAACUCCACAGGAGGCCAUCACGGAUGGUCUGGAGAUCGCAGUGUCUCCACGCAGCCUGCACAGUGAGCUUAUGUGUCCCAUCUGCCUGGACAUGCUGAAGAACACUAUGACCACCAAGGAAUGCCUGCACCGUUUCUGUGCCGACUGCAUCAUCACUGCUCUCAGAUCAGGGAAUAAGGAGUGUCCAACAUGCAGAAAGAAGCUGGUGUCUAAGCGCUCUCUCCGUCCAGACCCUAAUUUUGAUGCUCUGAUCAGUAAGAUCUACCCCAGCAGAGACGAAUACGAAGCCCACCAGGAGAGAGUUCUGGCCCGCAUCAGCAAACACAACAACCAGCAGGCGCUCAGCCACAGUAUCGAAGAAGGCCUAAAAAUCCAGGCCAUGAACAGACUGCAGAGGGGGAAGAAGCAUCAGAUUGAAAACGGCAGCGGGGCAGAAGACAAUGGGGACAGUUCACAUUGCAGCAAUGCGUCAGUGCACAGUAACCAAGAGGCUGGACCCAGCAUCAAACGAACCAAAACCUCAGAUGACUCUGGACUGGACAUGGACAAUGCCACAGAGAAUGGAGGAGGAGACAUUGCGCUGGACGGAGUCAGUGAGAUUGAGCUUGUGUUUCGUCCUCACCCAACGUUGAUGGAGAAAGAAGACGCCGCUCAGACAAGGUACAUCAAGACUUCAGGGAACGCCACAGUGGACCACCUUUCCAAAUACUUGGCCGUCAGAUUGGCUCUGGAGGAAAUGCGCAAAAAUGGAGAGGGAAGCCCCAUCAAUGUAGAAGCCGCCAGUGAAAAACAGUACACAAUCUACAUCCCUACAGCAAACAACCAGUUCACAGUCCUGAACGGCUCUUUCUCCCUGGAGCUGGUGAGCGAGAAGUACUGGAAGGUCAACAAGCCCAUGGAGUUGUACUUCGCCCCAACGAAGGAGCACAAAUGAGUCCUGUGAGACACAAGGGUCAGAAUUGACCCAGGACAGAAGGUUCAUCCUCUCUUCUCUCUCUCUCUCCCUGUUCUUUUCUGUAUUUUUCUCGCUGUUUCUCCUCAUCUGGAGUUUACUAGUCUCUGGAUCCCUCAAUAACUGUGCUGCUUUGAUUUGGUUUUGUUUUUUUUAUUAUCUUUUUUUUGUAUAGGAAUGAGACUAGGUUCAUUCAUUGGGGUUGGAGGGCCAUUGAAGUUUUGGAUUCAUCCCCCCUCUUUAAGUUGACACAAUCGUUGUUACAUGUGAAGUCCUUUUUGCAUCAAGAGGACUGUGACGUUGCCUUCAACAAGCCAAAUUUUUAGUCUACAAUUGCAACCGUAUCAUCAUGGGGAAGUCCUCUCGAGUGCUUCAUGAAAGACUCUAUCAGAAAGUGGCUUUUGUAGCCAAUGGCGCUGUCCAUUAUAAUCCUACUAAGAGUUUUCAAGUGCAUUUUCUGACAACACCAUUCCUGUAGCAGCAACAUUUGUUCACAAAUCUGACUGCAUCUUGACACUGUGUACCAGUACAAUGUGUUGGCUUGGGUCACAUGACACUGUCAUAUCACUUGUCCGUAGUACUGUGUUGGUCAUCAGAUGUUUCGGGGAUUGUACAUACUACUAUCACUUUAUAGAAAAAACUACCUGGAACAUGUAUAUUAACACCAUUGCUACGGAUAUUAUAGUACCGUUUCAUAAACACACAUGUUGGCAGUUGUAUAUUUGGACUGGUUUUUGAUAGUUGCAUUUCUUCUUAGAUGCUUCAUUUAAAGAUAUGGAAAACCUUUUAGAGCAUUACGUGUUUUUAGUUCGACAUCCUCGACAUUCAUUUGAGUUCAUGUUGUGGUUUGGAAAAAAAAUGUAUAAGACGUUGUUUGUUUGGAAAAUAAAUAAAAAAUGUAUGCAAA